AUGAUAAGAAGCUGUUUACCUUCACUUGGAACGGAGAAGAGACGAGAGCUUUUGGCGACUGGAGAUGAGGGUGCCCGACGGAGAAUCAAAAGCGUAGAGCUUCACAACAGUGUCGUCGUCCUUUCUGCAGAAAUUAGGGCAAAUGCUCGAUUUGAACCUUUGUACCACGAAUCCUCCGACAAACGGAUAAAGAAAUGGAAAUGGAAUUGCUUAGUAUGGCGACUGGCAAAAAUGGCCGACAUCCCGUUCUUAAUCUGGUGCGAGAGUUGUAAAUUGAGGCAAAUUAAGGGGUAUGCUGGUCAGUUCAAGCAACAUUUUGAGGGUAGAAAAGGAACCGAAAAAACGGGAUUAAAUUAUCAGCAAGAGGACGAGGACAUGUUGGUCCCGCGAUCGGAUUUGGUGGAAGGGCCUCAACCCGCAGAAGUACAACCAGAAGCAGCAGAAAGUACUGCAGAAAAUCAGCCAGCAGAGGGUCCUUGUACGACCAAGUUCUGUUGGGCCAUCAAAAACGUUUCUAGACUGAAUACGAAGAAGCUGUACUCUGAAAUAUUUGAACUCGGUGAAUAUAAAUGGCGGAUUCUUAUAUUUCCGAAUGGGAAUAAUGUUGAACAUCUAUCCAUGUAUUUGGAUGUGGCUGAUUCGGCAUCUUUACCUAAUGGAUGGAGUAGAUAUGCCCAGUUCAGUUUGGCUGUUGUUAAUCAAGUUCAUGUCAAGUAUUCAGUCAGAAAAGAAACACAGCAUCAAUUCAAUGCCCGAGAAAAUGAUUGGGGCUUUACAUCCUUUAUGCCACUUGCGGAACUUUAUGAUCCAAGCAGAGGUUAUCUUGUCAAUGACACCUGCGUAAUUGAAGCUGAGGUUGCCAUCUUUAGAUCCAUGGAUCCAUGGCUAUACAAUUCAAAGAAAGAAACUGGUUUUGUGGGACUCAAAAACCAAGGGGCUACCUGUUAUAUGAACUCUCUUCUCCAAACAUUAUAUCAUAUUCCUUAUUUCAGAAAGGUUGUAUAUCACAUGCCAACUAAUGUCAAUGAUAUGCCAUCCUCAAGUAUCCCAUUGGCUUUGCAGAGCUUAUUUUAUAAGCUCCAAUACAGUGACAGCAGUGUUGCAACAAAGGAGUUGACAAAAUCCUUUGGGUGGGAUACAUAUGAUGCUUUCUUGCAACACGACGUGCAAGAACUCAAUAGAGUUCUUUGCGAAAAGCUUGAAGAAAAGAUGAAGAGAACUGUUGUGGAAGGCGCUAUACAGCAGUUAUUUGAGGGCCAUCACAUGAACUAUAUUGAAUGCAUCAAUGUGGAGUAUAAAUCUAGCAGAAAGGAGUCAUUCUAUGAUCUUCAACUUGAUGUUAAGGGCUGUGAUGAUGUCUAUGCCUCAUUCGAUAAGUAUAUUGCAGUUGAACAUCUUGAUGGCGACAACAAAUAUCACGCAGAACAGUACGGUUUACAGGAUGCUAAGAAGGGGGUCUUAUUUAUUGACUUCCCCCCAGUUCUCCAGCUUCACUUAAAGCGGUUUGAAUAUGACUUUGCUCGGGACAUUAUGAUUAAGGAGAGAAGGUUGAACCUUGACAGCACCACUAGUCGAGAUGUUGGUUGCCUUCGUCAAGUAGUUAUGAUGGAUGAAUAUUGCUAUGAGUUCCACGCACGACCUGCACACAUUCCAAGACCCCAUAUCCAGUUAGGUCUAUAUCUCAAUGGGUGCUCUAGGAAGCGAUUCGCGGCCGUGAUGAGUUUCACUUACGGUCUGUUCCAGGACUAUCCCCCGAGAUCUAACACACAGCCCUGCUUUACAGCUGUGUUCUGUGUAAGGUCAUUAUUGAUCUUCACAGUCAUAAAUGACCGCUAUGAGUUUCCACUUCAACUUGAUCUGGACAGAGAUAAUGGCAAAUACUUGUCACCAGAAGCUGAUAGACGAGUACGCAACUUGUAUACACUUCACAGUGUUUUGGUCCACAGUGGUGGUGUGCAUGGUGGACAUUAUUAUGCCUUUAUAAGGCCCACUCUUUCCAGCCAAUGGUAUAAAUUUGAUGAUGAACGAGUGACCAAAGAGGACAUGAAAAAGUCUUUGGAAGAGCUAUACGGUGGUGAGGAAGAACACAUGAUACAGACGAACCAGGGAAUCAAUGCUACUCCCUUCAAGUUCACAAAGCAUUCAAAUGCUUAUAUGCUGGUGUAUAUACGUGAUAGUGACAAGGACAAAAUAAUGUGUCGUGUUGAUGAGAAGGACAUUGCGGAGCAUCUUAGGGAACGGCUGAAGAAAGAGCAAGAGGACAAGGAACAAAAGAGAAAAGAAAAGGCUGAAGCUCAUCUUUACACAGUUGUAAAGGUUUCAUGUGAUGAAGAUUUUUCUUGGCAAAUUGGAAGAAAUGUCUUUUUUGAUUUAGUGGAUCAUGAUAAAGUGCGGAGCUUUCGUGUCCAGAAGGCUAUGCCAUUUAACAUUUUUAAGGAAGAGGUCGCAAAAGAGUUUGGUAUACCAGUGAAGUUCCAGCGGUUUUGGCUGUGGGCAAAGCGCCAAAACCACACAUGUCGUCCUAACCGGCCAUUGUCUCCACUUGAGGAAGCACAAACUUGCUAUGGUACUAUUCCCAAUUCUGGUUUCCUUCCUUCUCCCUCCCUUGUGGUUGGCAAUAUCAUUUCUGAUCAAUUGAACUGGCUUCAACUGAAAUGUGAAGAAGAAUUUGCGCUAGAUAAGUUAGCUGAGGAUUUGCGGCCCAAUUAUCUUCCUAAGAAGGGUAAAGAUGACAUUUUGUUAUUCUUCAAGCUUUAUGAUCCAGAAAAAGAAGAAAUUAGAUAUGCUGGAAAACAUCAUGUUAAUAGCAUGAGCAAGCCAACAGAUAUCUUGACUAAACUAAAUGAGAUGGCAGGCUAUGCUCCUGAUGAAGACAUAGAUCUUUAUGAGGAAAUAAAGUUCGAGCCCCAUGUCAUGUGUGAACUGAUUGACAAGAGACAUACAUUUAGAUCUAGCCAGCUUGAGGAUGGCGACAUAGUCUGCUUUCAGAAGUCUCUUUCAGCCCAAGCUCGUCAACAACUUCGUUGUCCAGAUGUUCCAACAUUCUUUGAGCACCGUUAUAAUCUCCAAGUUAUUCAUUUUCGAUCACUGGAAAAGCCCAGGGAGCAUGAAUUUUCUUUACAACUGUCAAAGCUCGAUACAUAUGAUGAAGUUGUUGAAAGAAUAGCUCACCAUCUUGGAAUAGAUGAUCCUUCUAAAAUUCGACUCACUUCACAUAAUCCGUAUUCACAGCAGCCAAAACCUCAUCCCAUAAAAUAUCGAGGGGUAGAUAAUUUGUUAGACAUGUUGCUGCACUACAAUCAGACAUCUGAUAUCUUAUACUAUGAAAUAUUGGAUAUGCCUCUGCCAGAAUUGCAAGGUUUAAGAACACUGAGAGUAGCGUUCCGUAAUUCAUCAAAUAAUGAAGUGGAGAUUCACAACAUCAGAGUUCCAAAAGAAGGCACUGUCAAUGAUGUACUUGAUGAUCUCAAGUUGAAGGUAAUUGCUGGAACUGGAAAAAAUGAUGUUCAUAAUGUUGCUUCCUUAAUUAAGUUGCACAAUGUUGCACAGGUUGAGCUGUCUCAUCCAGAGGCUGAACUUAGGUUACUGGAAGUAUUCAGCCACAGAAUUUACAAGAUAUUUCCAUCCAAUGAAAAGAUAGAAACAAUAAAUGACAACUACUGGACUUUACGGGCGGAAGAGAUACCCGAGGAAGAACGAAAUCUCAGUGAACAUGAUUGCUUGAUUCAUGUAUAUCACUUCAUGAAUGAAGAAAAUCAGAACCAAAUGAAAAUUCAAAACUUCGGUGAGCCAUUUUUAUUGGUUAUUCAUGAUGAUGAGACUUUAGCUCGUGUGAAGGCACGUGUACAGAAAAAGUUAAAUGUGCCAGAUGAAGAAUUCUCCAUGGUUUUGUGCCUUUUGCCCUAUUCUCUUGCUAGAUGCCAUGCAACAGAUUUUACUUUCUGCUUAUGCGUUCAUCUUUUUGUCCAGUGGAAAUUUGCUUUUGUUUCACAAGGCCGAGCUGAGUAUCUUGAGGAUUCAGACAUUUUGUUGAGUCGUUUCCAGUAUCGUCAGCCAUAUGAGAAGGCUGUGAAGAUAUACAACUAAAAGGGCAGUUGCUGAGGCAGCAUUCUCUCUUUUCCGAGAAAUGAACCUGGAGAACACCCUACUUUUGCAGUAAACGAGUUCCUUUUAAAGGUUCUGCAGGCUCUCCUUGUUUGAUAAAUAUACAAAGAGCUUCCCUAGCUGUGAUAUGUAAAGUGAACCUUGUUUAUCGAGGAUCUAAUUUCCAUUUGCUUUCGUGGCACAUGGUCUCAUUUAGAUAUUCUCCUUUUUUUGAGGCAUGUGCUAUCUCUUGAAGGCGUGGGAGUAAAAAUUCAUGUUCGUUUACAUGUUUGUAGAAGGAAAUUUUGGCUUUGUUAAAUAAUUCUGCAGGAAGAUUUGAUGGGAGUUUGUAUAGGGAUUUUCGUGAGUUGUCGAAGAAAAAGUUGGACUGUCAUGUAUAGAACUUUAAAAGAAUGACAUGCAUGUGUUGCAUGUCAUACUUGUCUUUUGACAAUCCUUUAGUUAUGAGAGUUCUAUUUUGGCAAUUUUGAGUUAUGGGAUUCGAGUAUUGGUUGCAAAAAAUAU